CGUCUCCUGAAUUAGAGGAUGAAGUAUUUCAUCAUAUUCAACCAGGUCUCUCCGCUUACCCCGACGACGCUGACGCAGCUGCAAGAAGUCUAGAUGAGUUGUUAAAGGUAGCUUUGGAUAAUGUUCCUGAGGAAUUACAGCAUUGUACACCAAUUGCUGUUAAGGCAACGGCAGGAUUACGUUUGUUGGGUCAAGAAAAGAGUGCACUUAUUUUGAAGGCUGUUCAUUACCAUUUAGAAACAAAUUACCCUUUUCCCAUUAUUGAAGAGGACGGUGUUGUAAUCAUGGAUGGUAAAGAUGAAGAAAAAUUGCAAACUGCUGCGAUAUUUGAUCUUGGUGGCGGGUCAACGCAAAUAGUAUUUGAACCGGAGAUGACAGUUGGUGAGGAAGUUGCAGACGGUGAACACAAAUACGAAUUAGAAUAUGGGGCAAUUAAGAAUUUUGCGGUUAAUAUGUGGCGUGACCAAAAGAUUGAUUCUAUAGACGUUGAUUCCGAACAUAUUCCUUCAAAAGAUCACGUUCCUCAUCCCUGCUUCCCUAAAAAUUACACCGAAACAUGGUCAUUGCCCAAUUUAUCUGAUGAGGAUACUACCACGCUUAUUGGAACUGGUGCUGGACAUGCUCAGUGUAUGCCGUCCGAAUUCUCUAUUAAAGAGCUCCGGGAUCUGACCGAUGAUGUGUGCGCUGGAAAUAUUAAUCAAUUCGAGCAUUUACCGGAGGCGAUGAAAGAACUUCGAAAGAAUCCUCAUUAUUGUAUGGAUUUAUCAUUUAUCUAUGGAUUAUUGCAUAUUGGGUACGAAAUUCCACUAGAAAGAGAGGUUAAAAUGGCUAAAAAGAUAAAGGGAAUUGAAACUGGAUGGUGUCUUGGUGCUGCAAUUUCAAUUUUGGAUCAAAAGCAAUGGUGUAAACCAUGA